GAAUGCGCCAAUCGAUUUCCGGUUGGACUGUAGUGCGGGAAUUUUGGAGGAGCAUCGAGGAUAGCUUGGAAAUAACAACAACGUCAACGAGAUGCCCCCUAAAGCCAAGGCAGCAGGGAAGGGCAGAGGACCAGAAAAGAGGAAGCUUGCUGAGGAGUUCCCCCCUGGAGAAGUACUUACAGAUACUGGCAAGAAGUCCUGGAAACUGGGAGCCCCCAUUGGACAGGGCGGCUUCGGACUGCUCUAUCUGGCCGAUGAGAAUUCAUCUAAAACGGUUGGUGCUGGUGCCCCAUAUGUCAUCAAAGUGGAGCCCAGUGACAACGGACCACUGUUCUCAGAGCUCAAGUUCUACAUGCGAGCUGCCAAGCCGGAUCUAAUUCAGAGUUGGAUGAAGUCUCACAAGACAAAAUAUUUGGGGGUGCCAAAGUACUGGGGGUCUGGACUGCAUGAGAAAGGAGGGAAAAGGUACAGGUUCAUGGUGAUGGACCGAUUUGGGACGGACCUGCAGAAGAAGUUUGAGGAGAGUGGGAGGAGGUUCCCCCGAAAACUGGUCCUGCAGCUCGGACUGAGACUCCUUGACAUUCUGGAGUACAUCCAUGAGCAUGAGUAUGUCCACGCUGACAUCAAAGCCUCCAACCUCCUCCUCAGCCACAACAACCCCGAUCAGGUUUAUUUAGUAGAUUAUGGGCUGGCCUAUAGGUACUCUCCUGAAGGCAUACUGAAGGAGUACAAGGAGGACCCUAAGAGGUGCCACGACGGGACCAUCGAGUUCACCAGCAUCGACGCACACAAAGGAGUCUCACCUUGUAGAAGGAGUGAUCUGGAGAUCCUGGGGUACUGUAUGGUCCAGUGGCUCUGUAGUAAAUUGCCCUGGGAAGACAAACUGCAAGACUCUCUCUACGUCAGAGACUCAAAACUACGAUGUAGAGAUAACGUCUCAGAGUUCAUGUCUAAGUGUUUCUCCUCACAAGACAAACCAGACGAACUUCAGAAGUUUAUGGAGGAGGUGAAGACUCUAAGCUACACAGACAAGCCGGCCUAUCAGAAGCUCCGGUCCAUUCUGGAGGCGGGGCUUAAGUCGAUCGGCGCCAAAGAUGACGACAAGCUGGAGUUCUCAUCGGUCAACGGAGUCGGGCCGUCGUCCUCUGCCGAGAAGACUCCCAAAAGAAAGAGAGCGGUAGAUUAUAAAGAGGAGGCUAAUGACGAGACCGACGGCACUCCCGCCAAGAAAAGUAAAGCUGAAAAGAAAGAGGUGAAUGGAGUGAAAAGGGUAGUCAUCCCCAAGAAGAAAGCGACCCUUAAAAAGACUGCUGCUAGCCCAAAGAAGAAGGCUGCUAGCCCCAAGAAGAUACUGGUGGAGAUGGCUACUCAGACCACUCCUGGCCUGAAGAGAGGCAGAGGUAGACCCAAGAAAAAGGCAGAACCAUUAGAAUCAGAAUGAGUUGUACUUUUUUCAUUCAGUGUUCCAGCCACCCUCGCUCACCUUCCUCACACUGUCCGCUUUUUAAGGUGGAACUGACAGCUUUAAUUUGAACUACUUUGCCGAUAUGAAACAAACAAUCAUAAUCAGUCAAAAAAAAGUCAAAUUCCCAGUUUACCCUACAAAAUCAACUUUGUAACGGUUUUAAAAAUAGCUUCUAUUUGACUAAACAUUCCAUGAUGUAGACUAAGGCAUUGUUGGCAGAAUAGAUGGAUGCAGUUCAAUGCAUGAUUAAUAUGAUUCGCCGAUACAUUUCUUGGUAGUCCCAAAACAUAUUGUUAUCAGGUUGUAAAUCACAACUGCCCAGGUACAUUGUUUUCUGCCUCCAUUCAGGUUACACUGUUUCAGUUUCAAUGACUCAAUAUUCUGGACAAAAACUGACGAAUGUAACUAAGGAUAGGAAUAUCAACACAAUCCAACUAGCAAGAGCAAUGAUCACAAGUCAGUCAUAACGUGGCUAAUAGGCUAGCGUAUCUACUUAUGUAUCAAGCUAAAAACGCGGAACCUAACGCUAGGAGGAUUUCAUGACCUUGGAGGAGUGUGUGAGUGACUGGCUUUUUCCCCUCGUAUUGUUUUAUCGGUGGCUAUACACAUCUAGAGAUGCAGGUGUCAUUUGGUUAGCUAGCAAGAACUUGAACGACUGUUAUCCAGUUAGCAUAUCUCUUGCGUUCUCAAAUUCGCUCUGGCUAUCUACUUCGAUUUCAGUGCACUCUUGUCUGAGUGUGCCAGAGCCCAGAAUAACUGAUGAAUUUACACUUGCGGAAUAUGACCAGUGUCAGUAAACAUAUGCAAAAAAGUAAUAGUUAAUCACAAACACUUCAGUUAA